AUGCCUCUAGCCUUGGCCCUUCUGCUGUUGCUGGGCCUGAGCGCCCGAGGAGGCCAGAGCUGCUUGCAAUGCAUCCCCUCAGUGCAGGAGGCCCUGAGCCACCUGAGAUUCACCUUGGUUCCAGGGCGCUUCCACCACGAGCGGCUGCAGGCCCGUGCUCAGGCCCUGCUCCUGGGCAUGGAAGGGCCUUUCUUCCGGGAUUAUGCCCUGAACGCGUUCGUAGGGAAAGUGGGGACAGCCAGACUGGACUCUGUGGCCUCCUUUGUCAAGAAUCAAACAAAGACAUUCAUGGAUGACUCUCUGAAAGAUGAGCCACUGAUGGAACAGCUGGUGACCUUUAGGCGGAAUGUGCUCCUGGAACUCAAGAAAGUUUUGAAAGAAUAUGAAUUAAAAGCCUGCCAUCCCAAAAUUUGCCAUAUGCUACAAGAAGAGGUCUUGGACUGUUUCCUUUGCCAGAAGAUCAUUCCCCAGUGUAUCAAAUAUGAUUACUGCUUCGUCAACCGGCAGCCCCGCAUGGCCCUACAGUACAACACCCGGAGUCGGUACCCGAGGGACCAGGCUGCAUUUGGCAUCACCAUCUCUGUGUUUCUGGCCCUCUUCCUCUUCAUGGUCAUCGUGUUCUCGGCUUAUAUGUACAGGCAAAACCGAAGGCUUCUGCUGCAGUAG